AUGUCUGCGGCACACAACAGAGCGACUGCCGACGAUCUCCGUCUUUGGAAGGUCGACAGCUUCACGGAUUCCUCUGGACGGACAUCGUGUGCCAAGGAUGGACGAGAGCACUUCCGACUUCGCUGUCUUGCACUUAGGAAUGUUGUGUCAACCCUAAGGCAAGAUUAUCAGUCCAAGCAGGCGAAAGAAGUGGAACUCGAAGACUUCAUCGCCCGGAAGCUUGAAUACACGGACAACCCAGACAAUGCUGCGCAUGCUGCCUUGUACCAGAAGCGCCUGUUAGUCCAUCAAUCUACAGCUCAAGCUACUAAAGAAAGACUGGCACGCGUUGAAGCAGAGCUGGAUUUCGUUCUGGAGCACAAUAGCGAGGCGAGGGUCUUUUGCGAACUUAUCUCCGAGAAGUUGCCCACAGAGCUUGUAGACAUAGUCUAUGCUUAUGUUGAACCAUACCCCAAGGAACUUGAAGUCGACUAUGAUGUCGACCACAAAGAGCCUUUGGGAGACGAAUUCAACAACCAAGAAGUCGUGGAACGAGUAUACACCUCUAAGUCUCUGAACGGAGAGUUCAAUGGAAAAGAUUGCAAAACGCCCUGGUAUCUAGACACCAACAUCGUGAGCCCCGAGUUUGCCGAGGAGAAACUGAAGGCGUUCCAUCGCGAAACGGUUUUCUCUAUCGGCCGGUUAGUACACCUCACACGCUUUUUCAACCAAAACCGUUGGAGGGAAUACGAGCACCUGGUCCCAAAAGAAUUCGUGCGCAACAUUCAUCUCAAGAUACCGUUAGAUAUGUGCCACAUGGAAUGGAUAGGCCCGGAAGGCUCAGAAUCUGCGGAGGAAAGCCAAGCAUAUCUAGACGCACUCUCAGACUCUGUGGAUGGAGGUUCAGAAUCUGAAGAGUACGACUCAGUACUUGGGGAAAGCCCGGCGAAGUCCCUAUGGGGACUUGUCGCUGGAGAUGUGCUCCUGAAAGAGCUCGCGCCGCUACAUACCCUCACACAGAAAGGAGUUCGAAUUACUAUAGACAUUCGACCCAGCAUGAGGACUUGGUCCUACCUUCUGCCAAAACAUAUCAUGGAGGCAUGGGAGGACUCUUCCCACGAGGGCCCAUUCAAAUAUGAAGGGAGCGACGAAGCAGAAAAUGAGUGGGAAAACACGGAAGACUUUGAACUCAUUGGACGUCUUCUGCUGCUGGUGCUGAUGCAGAAGUUGCUGCCGUUCUUCCAGGAUCUGGUCAAGAAUGGACAAGUCGUAACGAUUCUGGAUGGCCGAGAGAAGUGGUCUUGGGUCAUGAGCAGGGACAGCAUGAGUGUGGAUGACUUGCUUGAAUGUAGGCAGGCCUUUUGGGCUCAGAAGCCAGAAGGCGUUUUCGGGGGCCAGGAGUUGGAGUUUCGUAUACCGGCUGUUGACGACGUUGGAGACGUAUAA